AUGGAUGCGGGCUUGUCUCGAGAGUUGUCCCGGGCCUCCGGGCCACAGGACGCCCUGCACCUUCUGGCCGCCGGGGAGGCCGGGCCCCUCACCACAGACGCCUGCCGCCAGGCCAUGCAGGCCUGCGUGGACGCGGGCCGGGCCGACCUGGCGCGGGGCGUGCACGCCGAGAUGCUGCGGGGCGGGAGCAGGGAGGAAGGGCCGCAGUGGCCGGCGGCAGACGCGGAGACCAGCGCCGCCCUGCUUUGCAUGCUGUGCCGGGCCGGCCAGGUUAAGGCCGCGCUGGGCGCGCUGCAGGACUUUGGGCAUGUCGUGCCUUCACCCCUGGAUCCCGAGCUGCCCCUGGCCCUGGUGAGGACCCUGGAAGCCACGCAGAACGUUGCCGACGCCGCCAGCAGGUACGAGUUCCAGAUCGUGUCCGGCACGGUGACCGAGACGGCGGUGGAAGCCGUCGCACAGCGGCGGGGCACCCUCUGGGCGUCCACCGGCGGCCGGGUGCUGGGCGCCAGGCCGGGCCUGGCCUCCGUCCACCGCCUGGUGCUGGAGGACGCCGCUGGCCGCCGGCGCGCACUGCGUUUCGGCACCACAGACGACGCUCUGCCGGCCAAGGCGGGCGACGUGGUGUCCGUGGCAUGCUGCCCGGAGCGGGCUGUCCUCUCCAAGGACCGCCUGUUCAAGGCCAUGCCCCCCAAUGCCAAGCCAGGCCAGCCCAUGCUGUUGAGCAACCAGACCAGCGGCAAGUCGACGCCGCUGGGCGCCCGCGCCGCCCACCGCCGACGGCAGCAUCCUCAGGCGCAGGAGGUGCGGCAGGGCCUGCUGGCGCAGCACCUCGAGCUGGAAAGGAGGAUCGCCGCCAUCCUAGAGUCGGCCGCGGACACUGUGCAGAGCUGCGCCAGGUUGCAUCACCUGAGGAGCAAGAUGGCGGGGCUGGAAGGCACCUACACCAUGCGCCUGGAGAGGGUGAAGGCCUCCCUGCAGUGGCUGGAGUCCCGGCUUGAGAAGCAGACGGAGCUGCUCAGGGCUGCGGUCAGGGUGCUUGCCAUGGUGGAGGUAGAGGUGGAGCUUCAGGAGGGCUCCGAACUGGAGGCCAGGUCCUCAGGCAUAGAGGAGGAGCUCACGAGGCUGGACGAGAUAGACAGGCUGCAGCAAGGGUGGUGGGAGAGGAGCGCUGCCGAGGACGAGGUCGAGAAGCUGCUCCAGACAUCCUAG